CGAUGCUGUACAUGUAAAUACCAAAUUCGUGAACCUAGUUUCGGAAAGUGGCUUAAAAGUUAUAUGUGACCAUAAAAUUGAAAUCGAGCUAAAAAAGUUUAUUUCGACGAGGAGAUAUGUGCUCACUGUAAAAGACACCUGAGCUUGAUACCACUGCCGGAUUAAUUGUGUGCCAGAAAUUCCCAUGUAUACCAGUGUUCGCAUUACUUUGUUGAGCUGAAACAAAGCUUCCGCGAAACCUGUACUGAUUGAGAAUUGGAAUUGUUUCCACAAGAUGAUGAUGAGCUUGAGAAGUCUGGUAAGUGUAAUUGCAAUCGCGUUCACAUUGGGAAUCGGGAUGUACAAUGGCGUGCACGAUAUGAGUCAUGUGGUCGAGACUUUGUCGUCGAUUGAGAAAGAGCUAAAUCCCUUGCAGCCCAUGACGGGAUCGGAGCAAAGCAAGAUCGUUAGCAUGCCUUACAAAAACUGGAGGAAAGACAUUAUACGGGAACCAAUUCCUCGACCAUCAGCUAAAGCUCUUUUCGACGGAUCAAAUGUAACGGGCGACGUAUCGUGGCUCCUAAAUCUGGCUAUUAUAGGAUUCGGCAAAUGUGGCACCUCGUCUAUGGUAGGCCAUUUCAGCCAACACAAACAAAUAUCCAUGAUGCACAGAGAGCACUGCGAGUUUACAUGGCGUGACGACGACACCAUUCUUCUUAAAGCCCUGGAGUCGGAGCUUCCACAUGGCAACUAUAUGCGUGGGCUGAAGUGCCCCAGUCUCCCAAGUAUUUUCCGAACGUUCGACUCAUCGUUGGAGUUCGGCAUCCAAUCCUUUGUUCGCCAGAGACAGUUUGGAUACAGCCUCUUCCCAGCCCACAAAUUGAUUGGCAAAUGCCAGGAUUUGGGACCCAAUAAAAAGGUGCACGGUGUAUGUACAGAAGAAGCGAGAUUUCAAGAAGCAUUAAUUGGCUUGGGAAAGACUAGCAUGAGUACAACGGACGAAAUGCAGUACUUUUUAUCCUCUGAAAAGAAACCUGAGAAUCUUACCGUUAUCUCUCAAAUGAAAGUAUUUGUCUACGACAUAGCGCAGGUAGAGGAUAAAGACGAGGAACGCUCCCAACUGUUUAUGGACGACAUGCAAACAUUCCUCCAGAUGACGGAGCCUUUCAAGCCGAUGGGUCAAAAAAGCGGCGGGAAAACGAAGCAGUCGCGCAUUGACAUUUGCGAGCAAAAGUACGACCAUUUGCGCGAGGCUCUCUUGGACAUUGGGGUGAAUGCAUCGAGGUGGAUCCGUCGCUUUUUCGUACCUGCCGAGGGUGUGACCGUCUCAUCACCCAAAUUUUUCGAGCAGUCGUUGGCGAAGUGGGAAAUCGAUCCGUGCGAAGAACGCCGAGCAAAUAACACAUUCCCUCCCAAAUGAUUUGAUUGUGUCAUUAUCCCGACAAUUUGGUUGUAAACUCUAGGCUGCUUGUCAAAGCAACAUGGAAAAUAGCCAAGAAGCCAUUGUCGACAAAUUGGGAUGCCCAGGAUCACGCACCUAUGCAGUGCACAGAUAAGGUUUCUGAAAGGGGGAAAACGGACAGCACCAUCACUCUCGACAUUCGUGUGUAUGGGUUGGUAUUUACAGUUCAAUAAUUUACACCGCAAUCUUAAAGUUAAUUUUUUU